CACGAAGUAGAGGGAACAUUCAGUACACCUGUGUAGAGAGCGAAAGGUUUUGGGAUCUUUUGGGAAUAUUAGUUUACGCAAAUCCUUCUAUUUCUGAAAGCAAGACAGACACCACCCAAAAAGGAGAUAUAGACAGGUUGAUAGCAAGAACAUCCAUUCUAAACAACUCACAGACCUCUGCCUUCCAUCCAGUCCACAUGACCGAGCCGUGCAGAAGCCGUGAACAGCACACCAACACCUGCGUUCUCGGUUAAAACAAGAUGUCAUCGACCAAUGAGAAUGGAGUCAGCGGGUCUAGAAAUAACAGUCGAGAGAAAACGUACAAAAAGACUACGUCAUCUGCCCUGAAAGGAGCAAUCCAGCUGGGCAUUGGUUACACCGUGGGGAACCUGACCUCAAAACCUGACCGAGAUGUGCUCAUGCAGGACUUCUAUGUGGUGGAGAGUGUGUUCUUACCCAGUGAGGGGAGCAAUCUGACUCCAGCGCACCAUUAUCCAGACUUCCGUUUCAAGACAUACGCACCUUUGGCUUUCCGCUACUUCCGGGAGCUGUUUGGGAUCAAGCCAGAUGAUUACUUGUACUCCAUUUGUAAAGAGCCCUUGAUUGAGUUGUCUAAUCCGGGCGCCAGUGGCUCUCUUUUCUACCUGACCAGCGAUGAUGAAUUCAUCAUCAAAACCGUCCAGCACAAGGAGGCAGAGUUUCUACAAAAACUUCUUCCAGGAUACUACAUGAACCUCAAUCAGAACCCAAGGACUCUCCUACCCAAGUUCUACGGGCUGUACUGUAUUCAGUCUGGAGGAAUCAACAUUCGUCUCGUGGUUAUGAACAAUGUUUUACCGCGGUCUUUAAAGAUGCACUACAAAUAUGACCUGAAAGGCUCCACGUACAAGAGGCGAGCAUCACGGAAAGAGCGGGAGAAGACCUGCCCCACAUAUAAAGACCUAGACUUUGUGGACAUGCACGAUGGCUUGUAUUUUGACACAGAGACUUAUAACGCCUUGACGAAGACGUUACAGCGAGACUGCCGGGUGCUGGAGAGUUUUAAGAUCAUGGACUAUAGUUUGCUGCUGGGAGUCCAUGUGUUGGACGAAAGUCACAGAGAAGGAGAAGUCAGUGUUGUAGAUGGCAGGAGAACGGUGGCACAGAGAGUUCUUUACUCCACUGCCAUGGAGUCCAUUCAGGGAGACGGCAAAGCAGCUGAGGCCUUGAAAACAGAUGACACAAUGGGCGGUAUUCCUGCAAGAACACACAGGGAUGAGAAACUACUUAUUUUUCUUGGCAUAAUCGACAUUUUACAGUCUUACAGAUUCAUGAAGAAGUUAGAACACUCGUGGAAGGCACUCGUCUAUGAUGGUGAUACAGUGUCUGUGCACCGACCAGGUUUCUAUGCAAACAGAUUUCUCAAGUUCAUGAGCACCAGAGUAUUUCGGAAGAUUCAGCCAAAUCGUUUCUCCCCGAGCAAAAGGGCACGGAAUUCCAUAUCUGCGCUGAAGUUCUCCUCUCAGGAGGUGCUUUCCACACAGAAGGAGGAGAAGGGUGAGGAGAGGGUGGACAGAAUUGCAGGAGCCCAUAGUCUAGCCAGUCUAGAUGGACAAGUGUUUUGGUCCUAUAACCGUCCUGACCUGGUUCCUCAAACUCAUUAUCCAUAUGAGGCCUCUUCCUUGAACCACACCCUGUCCCCGCCCCCAGUAUUCGUCUCACCCCCACACUACCUGGAGGCCAGAUCAAACAAAAGAAGUGGCAUUGUUUCCUGCUCAACUUUCACAUUGGAUGACAGCGCCAUCUGUCUGUCAUCCGAGCAAAGCACCAUGGACAUAGAGCGAGAUGAUGAUUCAGUGCUGGACGUCUACUUUUGAGGAGCCAAAUGAGAUGAUCCUUCGUCAUCGUUUAUUCCUCCUCAUCACCUGCUUCUAUGGUCCUUUGGAUUCUCAUGUGCAGAGAGCGCCCCAUGCUGCCAAACCACACAUCAUUGUGCAUACAUUUGCCAAUAUAACAGCUACAACUACCAGCAUACAUAUUUAUACAUCAAAUCACAAUGCAAAACUGUCAGCAAGAGUUGUAGCUUUAAGUGGCCUAAGAGGUCACACGAUCUUACAUUCAUGGACACAUCAACCAAAUAAGCAGAGCUGGCUGUGUUUUUUGCUGCUUCACUGCAAAAGAACUUUACAGACCAUAGAUGAAAUGGCAGCUCUGGGGUCCGAGUGGAGAUAGACUUGACUUCAUGUGCUGUCAUCAUUUUUUGUUUUGGAGACAUGCAAUAAAUUUGCUUAUUUGUUAUGCAAACAAAGUUUGCAUGAACGGAUAUCCACUAUACAGUACUGUACCUCCUAAAGGAUAGAUCACACAAUGCAAAUUAAUUUACUCAUGUUGUUCCAAACCUGUUUCUUUCAUGGAACACAAUGAGAUGUUUGAAUGUUAGCCUCAUUUACCAUCUACUUUCAUGAUACAAUGAAAGGUCCUUUUUGGGUGAACUAUCCCUUUAAAGGAGCUAGUGUUUAGUGGCAUAGAUGCUUUGUGACUUCAACUCCACAUAGGUAACACAUCAGUUCAAAUAUUUUUAAAAUGUGCAAUUUUCAUACAGUAUAUAUGUGUGUUAUUGUAGUUCUCCUCACUGGAGUAAUAAUCUUGACAUUUUAAUUCAAAGGAAACACACAGUUUCUAGGAAACAGUCUAUGUGUGACUUCAUUUCUCAAAACUAUGAGCACAGACAUGCCUUGUACUGUAAAUAUAUGUGUAACUUUCACGGUACAACUUUAGUCACGCUCAGAUUUACGCUGGUACAUCAGCUCCUGAUAAUCAAGAGUAAUCAUUUGUAUCAGCAGUAUACUACUGGUCAAAACUUUUGAAGCACUUGACUGAAGUGUUUCUCAUGAUCUUAAAAAUCUUUUGAUCAGAAGGGGUAUUCUUAAAUGUUUGAAAUUAGUUUAGUAGACAAAAAUAUAAUUGUGCCACCAUAUUAAUUUAUUUCAUUAUAUAAAAAAGUGUUUGAAAUUGAUGAUUUGGACCAAAUAAUAAAGAAAA